AGGUUUCACUUUAAAGUAGACUUCUUGGGUUGGCUCCCUCUACCGAAAAACUUGAAUUUGUAGAUCAAUUCAAAACGUUUCUUAUGGCUACCGAUUCGAGAGUGGAUAAUAUCGUUUCGAACAGGGUGGGACUUAAGCAGGAACAAUUGGGUGGUCGUAGGUUGAUAGGAUGGUUAUUGGAAAGUAUAGGCAAAUAUGGAGUCGAUAUUUCCCUCAAUUUCUCACCCAAAUCAAAAUCCAAUUCCAAAAAGGACCUGCAGUUGCACAAGACAGUUCAAGAAGAAUUGAAGGGUGGACCACCUUUUGACAUGUGUAAUGACCAGGAGAAACAAAGACUCGACAGCGAGCCAAGAUCCGAUCAGGAGAUGAGCAAGAUGGAGAAGUUGUCUGAAGAGAUGAAUGAUGUGAUGCUUAAAAACAGGAUAUCUAAAUUAAACAUGGAGCCAAUCCCAUCGGACAAGUUUCCGCCUAAGCAGUUCAAGGAACGAAAAGAUCUGGUGCCAAGUCGAAAAAAGAUUAUGAUUAGGUCUCGUCUAUGAUAUAUGUGUAUCUGUUGUGGUAUCGAUUCUAAAAGGCCUGUUCUAUAUUUGAAGGCUUUGAAAUUCUAAUGCACCAUAUUAUUUAUUUUGUAUGUGAUCUUGAGAAGCUUGGAUAUGGUAUAUAAUUAUAAAAGGAUUAAGGACCUUUUAAGGGUCA